CGACCUACGUGUCUUGAUAAACCUCUCUCGUCUGCUCAACUUAUCCUACCAUUCGUAGUAUUCGAGAAUAGGUCGGAGCCUACUCGCAGUCAAGUAUGAGCUGAAAGGAAGGGCACUACGCGAGGACGUCAAGUGCGAGUUACACUUGCACUGAAUACGCGAUGGUACCGUGAGGCUCUCCGCCUAAUCUAUAGUCUUUAGGCAGAGGGAUGCAUCAGUUUAACCCUUUGCUCUGCUCUCCAGAGUUGCAUAUAUUUGUAAAUACAGUAAGAUUUAGUAGAUAAGCUGAGGAAAUGUGUUACGGGACUGCAGCUAUUUUGGGGAGUUGUGUUGGACAAUAAUUUAAAGGAUAUUUUUUCAUAAUUUGCUUAAACUUCGAUGGCUUGAGUAUUUGCAUACAUGCAUGCUGACAGGCAAGAAUGUAAGGUAGCCUAUGUCCCGUUUACCGCUCUCACAUCACACGGAGUAACGGAGCAUCGGUUGGAUUCACAGCGCUGGACAUAGACCUAUAGCGCAUUUAUUCGGAUUGGGUUUGAGUGCCCAGAUAAAUAACUUUAGAUAUAUGACUUCUUGGGAUCGCCUGGUCACCUGCUUUCCUUGCCGGUCAUAUGCCACCAACAACGGAAAUUCAAGAGCAAAAUUAAUAUGGCAUAAACUAUUUCUGGAGACGCCAGUCACAGAUAUCGCCGCCGACUUGGAUAGGGUGGAUGAGAAUUUCCCAAACGGUCCAAUCUUAUGCAUACCGUGCUUGUUUACUCGCUACGCUGUCUAGUGUCUUCGAGAAGAGCUCAGGAGGAAUGCUGGUCCAAGAUCUAAUACCAUUUAUUUUAAGUUUUUGGCCUCUUCUUUUCGGUCAUUGCAUUCUCUCGUUGGUUUUACUCUCAUGCCAGGGUGAACUCCAGAGGUCAUGCUCACAGACUGUAGCUGAGAAAGUGAGCGAACACUGCCAGCUGGCAUGCCAGUGUAGAAGCUACCCUCCCCUUCCUCCCCCGCCUCUGCCCCCACCUCCCCCACGGCUACUGUUGGCCACAGUGGUUGAGUCCCCUCUGCCGCUGUUGAGGCCGUGGUGGAUGGAGAUCCUAGUGCUUGGGACAGUGGGCUGUGCCUCAGCUGUUUUCCUCCUUUCAGCCAUGAUCAUCUGCUACAAGGCCAUAAAGAGGAAACCACAACGGAAAGAGGAGAACGGGAUGAGUCGUGGAGAGUAUGCCAUGAGUGCACGCAACAAGAAGGCCAUGGGCCCCAACAACACUGUGGUGUAGACUGUUCACUGACAGGAAGAUGAAUUGACAUAACCAUAACCCCACCACCACCACCAUCCAUCCUACCCAAAAUGCAACAAUUCCCUCUUACCUAGAACGCCACAGGGGUUGACCUGUUUAAAACACAUUAACGCCUUUCCUUCUCUCUUAGCAUGUUGCCUGGAUGAAAGGAAACUUCCAUAUGAAGGAAAGUAGUGAAAAGAACAUAAAACAAAACAUAGAAGUGGAUUCAGAGAACUAGUAAUAAAGUGAAUUGAGGACUUCACCAGACUGAACAUCAUGUUGUCAACACGAAGUGUCAUUGACAGGAGGAUGGUUGACUGCUAGGCUACCAAUCUAUUCAGCUCCACACUUCUUACAGGCAACUACAAUGUAGGAACAGACGUUGAAGGACAGCAAUGGGAUAGGAGGUUGCGAGGACCAAAUCAUGAAGAAAAUGUGCAUGCAGGUUUUACUCUUUGGGCUGUCUCUCAUCUAUGCUCCUCUGACCCUUUUUCAUAUUUAAAGCAGAAUUUGUACAACACUGUCACAGUUGCAGGUGUGGUUUGGGAUGUAUAGUGAUCAUCUGACUAUGCAAUUAAAAAAUAUGUACAGGUCAUACCAAGAGUGAAGUAAAAGAAGGGGAUCAAGUCAGUUCCUAUGUUCCAUACCAACAACACAGCUGAGAACUGAAUUUGAUUUAUUUGUUCAUUUAUGUAUUUAUUGUCUGCGUAUGAAUUCCAUUUGAAUGAUUUGAAAUGUGUUAUUUUUUAUGAAUUAUUUAGUAAUCAUAUCAUUAAUUUGUAAUGUUUUGAUGCUUUAAGCCCACCACAGGAGGUUGGUGGCACCUUAAUUGGGGAGGAGGGGCUCAUGGUAACGGCUGGAGCGGAAUUAGUGGAAU